GGCUGCUCUCUUGCUCGCUGACCACGAUUUACUCGUUGACCACGUCAAUCGUUUUUUGGUGUCUGCCUCGCUCAACACAACUCCUGCUCGCUCGCAGUGAGCCAGAUACCUGCCGCACCUGAGGCUUGUCACUACUUAUCGAACAGUCGCAUGUGUGAGAGGUCAUCUCACGUCAACUCCUCCAUCGCCGGUAUGGACCACCAUCCGAGUCUCCCAUCGCCACGUCUGCCCACCGAAAUAUGCGACCACAUACUCGAUCACCUAUGGAACGACCGCAAGACCCUCAAGGUCUGCAGCCUCGUCACGCGAGAAUGGCUCCCCACGACUCGGAAACAUCUUUUCUCUUUCGUCCGUAUCAUCGACCUGCGGCUUGUCACAUUUGCGGAAAUGAUUAUGCACUCAGAAGACGCGCUAGCCCUCUGCAUCCGCAAGUUGCUGAUGGUUUGGGGUCUCAACGAAGAAGUCCCGAUUCCCACCUCCAUACCUCGAAUGCUGGCGUCUCUCGGCCGGCUGGAGAAGCUCACCCUCUAUGUUUCCACGUGGGAUGAUUGCUACUUCUCCACGGAGACUAUAACGUGGCCGGUACUGCCCAUGGUGAAGGCUCUUGACCUGAGCAUCGGCACCGUAAAGGACGUCAUAAGCCUGCAGCGAUUCAUCUGCGCAUGCCCCUCGCUCUCGUCCCUGAUGCUCUGGAUAACCUCGCAGUCUGAUGGCUCGCACACCCAUUCUCCAACAGUCAUUUCGAGAUCGAUCCUCAUCGACAUUUUCCACUGUCGUGUCCGCGAGUCAGACCCCGUACUCGGAUGGCUGCUGCAAGGCGGUUUGAAGCUGCGCGCACGUCGAUUGGCGAUUAUUGCAAGCGAAGAUCUGGCCUCAGUGAAUUUCCUCAAGACGGGCGACACCCAAAGCUAUUGCGCGCAUCUGGUGAACGUCUGAAGCAUCUUCUCAUCAUGUUGGUGCCACAGACCUUGCCCGCUCCACCAGAUGGUCAACAAGCAGCGUUGGCACACAAUCCGAACUUGGUUACCGUCCACGUGUCGAAUGAAUGUUAUGAUUAUUUGGAUGACUUGCCAUCCAUUAAUAACUGGCCGACCCUGCUCUCAAUCCUUGCCGACAUCCAGCCAAUGCACACCAGGUUGCGAUCGAUCGACAUCACGUUGUUUACGACAAGAGAGUCGGAUAUCACAAGAAUGCCUUGUGAGCAGCUUGAUGCCGCCCUGGCGCGAAUUGUGUAUACCCACCCGCGGUUGAUUUUGACCGUAUGGAUAAGCUGCUAUU